AUGGUGGAUAGCGAAGCAAAUUCCCCCACAUGGAAGUUUACACAGUGCUUCGGCGACAAAGGCGAUGUCGAGGACAUAACUGAAGCUGACAUAAUCUCCACUGUCGAGUUUGAUCACACGGGCAACUACCUUGCCACAGGAGAUAAGGGUGGUCGAGUCGUCCUGUUCGAGAGAAACGAAACUAAAAAAUCCUGCGAGUACAAGUUUCACACCGAAUUCCAGUCACACGAGCCAGAGUUCGACUAUCUCAAGUCCCUCGAGAUUGAAGAGAAGAUCAACAAGAUCAAAUGGUGCCGUCGGCAAAACGCGUCGCACUAUCUCCUCUCCACAAACGACAAGACCAUCAAACUGUGGAAAGUGUUCGAAAAAUCACUCAAGGUGGUGGCGGAGAACAACCUAUCACACGAUGUCACACCGGGCAGCGUUGCUGGUGCCGGUGCGCAGAGGCCCAUGGCCAUGAAUCAGCAUUUUCGCAACGCGGCAGAUCUCAAGCUUCCGCGCCUAACGCAUCACGACACCGUCGUUGCGGCUGUUCCCCGUCGCACGUAUGCCAACGCACACGCCUAUCACAUCAACAGCAUAUCGGUCAACAGCGACGGUGAAACCUUUAUCAGUAGCGACGAUCUACGAAUCAACCUCUGGAACCUGAACAUCCAGGACCAGAGCUUCAACAUUGUCGAUAUCAAGCCCGCAAACAUGGAGGAGCUGACAGAAGUCAUCACCGCCGCCGAGUUUCACCCACAGAGCUGCAACUGGUUCAUGUAUGCCAGCUCCAAAGGCACCAUCAAGUUGGCUGACAUGCGAGAAAGCGCUCUGUGCGACCAGCACGCCAAAUUAUUCGAGCAAGAGGAAGACCCUUCAGCCAGGUCCUUCUUCUCCGAAAUCAUCUCAUCCAUUUCCGAUGUACGAUUUUCUUACGAUGGCCGGUACAUCCUGUCACGCGACUACCUGACGGUGAAAAUAUGGGAUAUCAACAUGGAGCGCCAACCUGUCAAAACGAUACCAAUUCAUGAGCAUUUGCGGCCCCGGCUGUGCGACACGUACGAAAACGAUAGCAUCUUUGACAAGUUUGAGGUUGUGUUUUCUGGGGACGCGAAAAAUGUCAUGACGGGAAGCUACAACAACAACUUCAUGAUCUUCCCGUCGGACCCGGAUAAGGAAGUCGAAGUGGUUCUGCAAGCAGACAAGUCUGCCUUCAAAGCCAAGAAAGUCGGCGUGCCCACACCAAUCAACUUUUCGACCAGCCCGACAACAAACGGAGGCAAAAAGAAUGGCUCCAGGGCUGGCAGCCCAGCAGGCGGCGCUCAACGAAUGAAGAAGGAGACGGAUGCCGACCAGAUUGAUUACAACAAGAAGAUCCUACACAUGAGCUGGCACCCAUUCGAAGAUAGCAUCGCUAUUGCGGCAACUAACAAUCUGUUUGUAUUCUCGGCCCUAUAG